CUGCCGAACGUACCAUGGGGAGAACAUUUAAUGUGAGCCUAUCUAGCACCACGACCGAGAAUAACACUACGAGCAGUUCGAACGUCUUGGAUCUUGUUUCCACAGGUGCCGCGAACACAGUGAAGCGAAUGCUCGACACUAGCUCAACUGCGCGUUAUGUGACACCGAACAUGAACCGGACAAGCACCAUGACCGAGAAUAACACCACGAGCAGUUCGAGCCCCUUGGAUCUUGUUUCCACAGUCGCCGCGUUCGAGCGAAUGCUCGACACUAGGUCAACUGCGCGUUAUGUGACACCCAACAUGAACCAGACAAGCACCAUGACCGAGGACCACACCACAAGCAGUUCGCAUGUCACAUCCGACGUGAGUGAAACAUCCGACGUGAGUGAAACAUCCGACGUGAACAUGAUGAAGGAAACAUUACCGACGGAGACGACGGCAAGCAUAGAGAUUGUUACGAAAUACGGGGGUUUUGCCAGGACGCCGAUGACUGGAUCAACAAAAGAUUUCACAGUUGCUCUAAACACACCCUAUUCUGCAGACACAAGUUGUUCGACAAUCU